CGCGACCCAUAGGGUCACGCUGUUACAGAACCGCUUCCGUGUUGUGUUUGUUACUGGAAAACAGAAACUGCGUGAGGUGACAUAAUUUUCUAUCGUCCGUCGCCGAUUAAACAGCGAUGCUUUUGUAAACCGCGGCGUCAUAAGAAAUCUCAGAUUGGACUAUGUCGUUGAUUCCGGGCUCAAAACAGAAGGAUAGGCGCAUUUUAUGCGGGAUGUGCCCGGACCCGCAGUGCCAGGCGAAGCUCAUCUUCCCCGCACACACCUCCAUGAGCAUCGAGUGCACCGAGUGCGGACAGAGACACGAGCAGAAGAAUCUCGCCAAUGUGGAGGAAGUGACUAACCCUGAUGUAGUGCUUCAUAAUUUGCUGAGAAAUGCUUUGCUGGGUGUGCCAGGCCCUCCCAAGAAGGGCUCAGAGCUGGUGAAAGUGAUGGGACUGUCCAACUACCACUGCAAGCUGCUGUCACCCAUCCUCACCCGCUAUGGCAUGGACAAACAGACAGGCACUGCCAAACUCUUGAAGGAAAUGAAUCAGGGAGACAUCUUUGACUGCUCGCUGCUUGGGGACCGUGCAUUUCUCAUCGAGCAAGAGCAUGUGUCCACUGUUGGGUAUGGACGGGACCGGUCAGGGAGCUUGAUCUACUUGCAUGACACUUUGGAGGAGAUCAAGAAAGCGAACGGUAAUAGAGAGUGUCUUAUUCCUGUGCAUGUGGACGGAGAUGGACACUGCCUGGUCCACGCCGUGUCCAGGGCGUUAGUUGGGCGCGAGCUUUUCUGGCACGCUCUUCGGGAAAACCUUAAACUCCAUUUCAAGCAGAACCUCGACCGCUACAAAGCUCUUUUCCAGGACUUCAUAGAUGCUGCAGAAUGGGAAGACAUCAUCAAUGAGUGUGACCCGUUGUUUGUCCCUCCAGAAGGCGUUCCACUGGGCCUGCGUAACAUUCACAUAUUUGGCCUGGCCAAUGUACUUCACAGACCUGUAAUCCUUUUGGACUCGCUGAGCGGUAUGCGAAGCUCCGGUGAUUACUCCGCCACUUUCCUACCAGGCCUUAUUCCAGAGGAGCAAUGCCGAGGGAAAGACGGCACUCUGAACAAGCCCAUCUGCAUCGCCUGGAGCAGCUCUGGCAGAAAUCACUAUCUGCCUCUUGUGGGCAUCAAGGGCUUGGCUUUGCCCCGUUUGCCUGCUGCACUGCUUCCCAAAGCGUGGGGUGUUCCUCAGGAGCUCAUCCGCAAGUAUGUGAGUUUGGAUCCCAGCGGGAGCUGUGUGAUUGGGGGCGACCGGAGCCUCCAGGAUAAGUACCUCCUGCGCCUCGUAAGCGCCAUGGAGGAUGUCUUUAUGGACAAGCACAGCAUCCAUCCCGCUCUAGUAGCCGACGUCCAUCAGUACAUAUACCGACGCACUGGAGUGAUCGGCGUACAGCCGGAGGAGGUGACGGAAGCGGCCAAGAAAUCCAUCCAGGAAGGCCGCCUCCACCGCUGCCUGGUCUGCAACGCUCUUUCAGAGCUCCACGUACCAGCCGAAUGGCUCAUACCUGGAGGGAAACUCUACAACUUGGCCAAAUCAACUCACGGGACGCUCCGAGCAGACAAGAACUACAGUUUCCCAUUAAAUAGUUUAGUUUGUUCCUACAACCCAGAAAAAGAUGUGCUCGUGCCUGAUUAUAAACUCAGCUCGCUCACAACCUGCACCUGGUGUCAUGGGACCUCAGUACGCAGAGUUCGGGGUGACGGCUCUGUGGUGUAUUUGGACGGGGACCGCACUAACACUCCCUCUCAAGGUGGCAAGUGCGGAUGUGGGUUCAAACACUUCUGGGAAGGAAAGGAGUACGACAAUCUUCCCGAAGCCUUCCCGAUCACUCUGGAGUGGGCUGGCCGUGUAGUCCGAGAAACUGUUUAUUGGUUCCAGUACGAAAUUGAUCCAACUCUCAAUAGUAAUGUAUACGAUGUGACCAUGCGUCUCGUCACAAAGCACUUCCCUGGUGAAUUCGGCAGCGAAAUCCUAGUCCAGAAGGUAGUGAACACCAUCUUGCAUCACACCGCAAAGAAGAGCCAAGAUGAAUACAACCCAGUUGCCAUCGAAGGUGCUCACGUGCAAAAUAAAGUAGACGGAGGUGAAUCUUCUGCUCACCCUCCGACUAAAAUCAUCCUGACGGGACAGAAGGGAAAAACUCUCCAUAAGGAGGAGCUGGUCAUGAGCAAAACCGAGAGGGUGUUGCAGCACAGCAUCAGCGAGCAGGCUGCCCUCUCCCAGCGCCGCAGCACAGAUCGCGUGCGCCAUCAGGACCCUCGCCCAUCAUCUCCUUCCUCUUCAUCAUCCUCCGCUCCUCCCACUCCCACCAAAGUACCCCCAACCAGCGGAGAGAAGAAGAUCCGUGUAACCACCAGCGACGGGAGGCAGGCCAUGCUUACUCUGCAGCCGCACACUACCUACAGUGAUCUCCAGAACUCAAUCAUCCAGGUCUUCAACUUGUCGCCCGGACAGCUGUGCAUUCGUCAUGGGUUCCCGCCCAGAGAGCUGCCUCCACCACCUCCCGAAGACCAGAACCGGCCCGUGGCGCUUCAGCAUGGAGAUCGGAUUUCUGUGGAGGUGCUGAAGGAGAGCUCUGCGGAUCCUCAAGUAACCCAAACACACACUCACAGCCCUCAAACACACGCUCACUCCGACCCACGCCUCAGCCACAGCAGUAGCAGGGAACUUCAGGACAACAUUGACCUUGAGAUGUCAUCACUGUGUCUCCUGGCAGCACUCAUGGGUGAAGAUGUCUGGUCAUAUGCCAAGAAACUGCCUCACCUGUUCCAGCAAGGAGGAGUCUUCUACAAUAUUGUGAAGAAAGACAUGGGUCUCCUGGACGGGAAGCACUGCACACUGCCCCACUUGUCGGGUAAGACGUUUGUGUUCAAUGCAACCGAGGAGCGUUUGGAGCUGUGUGUGGACACAGCCGGGCAUUUUCCAGUGGGCCCGGAUGUGGAGGAGCUCGUCCAGGAGGCCCUUUCACAGCUCCGCUCAGACGCAGCGUCUCGUAGCCGCGAGGGAAGUCCCGCACACAGUUUGCGUCUGGGCUCCGGUGGUGCCGUACGCAAGAAGGAGCAGAACAUCACUGCCUUCCAAGGUAAAGGGCACUCAUUAGGUUCGGCCCCUCCUGAACAUCCACCAAUCAGGCGGCAGCACAGCAGCGGCGUUGACCUCAGCGGCAGUGCCCGCGGAGAAGGGUUAACGUUGUCAGGGGAAGAUUUAGUGCGUGUAGCUCCAGGCAUGCUUACUUUACGUGAGGGCCGCGGGAUGGGGCUGGAGCCCGCUGUGAUUGAGGCCCAGCGUCAGCGCUUGCAGGAGAUGGUAUCUAACAUACAGGCGUCAAUGGACAAACAUUUGCGCCAGCACACUGCAGCAAGGAAUGAUGGGAAGGAAGAAGAGACUCCUGACAAACCGGAGGAGAUGGAGAGUCACGGGCCGGAGCCUCCCAACACCUUUGAACCGAUGGACCAAUCCUGAUGCUUCAUAUACCCUCACAGCAGAGACACAGUUCUGGCCUAUGGAACAAACCUGGUGUCGUCUCAGUGAUACAGUUGUCUUUGGCACUUCUCCACAUUGUACUACCCAUUGCUGUCUUAUCCAAAGAACACUACACGGUAAAAGUCCUGAAAUAAAAUCACCUAAACAUCUCACUUCACAGUCAGAGCUCAGAAAACCUCUCUCAGCGAAUCGGCAUGGAGUGUGUGUCCAUCUGAGCGCCAGUUUCUGUUGUGUAAUCUCAGAUUGGCCUUUGAACUCUUAUCAGCCUUGCCUUCAAUGCAGUUGUUCAGGCUCAUCGGUUUUUGGUUUCGUUGUGUCCUUUUUUUUCUUUGCAUGUCCGCUUCCUUUUAACACAAGGCAAUUCACACAAGUUUACUUAGUAUGAAGAAUGUAACGUAGAUUUUGGCUCAAUCUGAAUGGAAACUAGCUGAGAUGGUAAUAUUUUCAGCAUUUUCCUACUUCUAUUAUUAUUAUAACUUGUGUUAGGCUGUACUAAAACACUGAAGUAGAGGGUGAUGUGUGUCAAGGAUGGUUUUAAGCAGUGUUUCUCAACCACGUUCCUGGAGGACCACCAACACUGCAUGUUUUGGAUGUCUCCUUCAUCUGUUACACUCAUUACAGGACACUUUCAGUCUCUGCUAAUAAGCUGAUGAUCUGAAUCAGGUGUGUUUGGUUAAGGAAACAUGGAAAAUGAACAAAGAUGGUGGUUCUCAAGGAACAUGGUUGAGAAAUGCUGCUUUAAAGGCUAAGCUUAACCUGAAAAUAUUAUUGUGGAUUAUUUAUUCACCCUCAUGUCAUUUCAGCCAAACUUGUAUGAUUUUUUUUUCUUCAUCAGAACACAAAUGAAGAUUUCUAUAUCAAAAAUGAGUGAUUUUCAUCCAAAAUAAAUUCUGUUCAGCCAAAACUAUAACAUUUCAAUAUGAAAAGUCAAAAAAAAAAUUCUGAACUAUUACAUUUUUAAAUGUUAGAAGCCAAAAAAGUAAUCUAAACAAGCAAAUUUUAAGUAUUAAAAGUUAAAAAAAAGCUAUUUCAAGCUAUAUCCGAAGAAAAGGGACGUCUUUUUAUGAUGAACAUAUUUAAUUAUGUUUUUAGUGAAAAGUUAAGCAUGCUCGCUUGAUGCACAAGAGCCAGCGAGGUUCAUUCUGGCAUCUUACACAGCAUGUUUGAGCUUCUGCAAGAGUCAGUGAGGUUUGUUUUCCACUGCUAAUGUUUUGUGGACCGGAGACUAAAUUAAACAUGCUUGCCAUAUGAAGCGAUUAUGUGUCUUUGAAAGACUUGCAUUAAACAGCUCAUUUCACAUAGGUUUAUUUUUUUAUCUCUUUAUGAACAUUUCGAAGCCUCUGAGAUGUGGGUGAAGAUGCUCAUAGAGGAGGGAAAUAAAUCUCUCUUAUUUGAUUCACAAGAUCUUCAUUUGUGUGCAGAAGACCAGAAGAAAUGUAUGGAUUUGAAACGACAUGAGGAGGAGUAAAUGCUGACAGAGUUGUCAUUUUUGGGAUAAAAAUAGUGAUGAUAAUAAUAAUAAUAUCGCAAUAAAAAAGUUUUGUUUUGUUUCAAGUCCAAAUAUCUAAAAAUUCUUAAAUCAAGAUGCAUUUUUAAGACGAGUAUAAAAUAUUGUUUUCUGGAAAUAGUCAAAAUUGAGUCAAAUAUCUUAUUGCAAACCAAAACAAAAAUUGUUUUGAUUGCUUUAAGGAAAAACAUAUUUAAAGGUAUAAUUCAGCCUAAAAUGAAAAAUCUGUCAUCAUUUAUUCACUCUUUAGCUGUUCCAAAUCAGUUUGAGAUUGUUCUGAAUCAGAGAAGAAGUUUUGAAGAAUGUUGUAAACAUGUAACCUAGUGGUGUCCAAACUCAGUCCUGGAGAGCCGGUGUCUUGCUGAGUUCUCUAACUUGCUUCAACACACCUGCCAGGAGGUUUCUAGUGUGUCUAGUAAGAGCUUAAUUAGCAGGUUCAGAUGUGUUUGAUUAAGAUUAGAGCUAAACUGUACAAGACACUGGACCUCCAAGUUACGCCUGGGUUAAAUGUUUACAACAUUUUUCAAAAUAUCUUCUUUUAUUUUGAACAAUCUCAAACUGAUUUGGAUACCUAUACCCAUAGUAGAAAAAUCAAAUACUACUGAAGUCAGUUGUUCCAACAUUCUUCAAAAUAUCUUCUUUUGUGUUCAACUGAACAAAAAAAAAUCAAGCUAGUUUAGAAAACUCAAGGAUGAGUAAAUUAUGAGAUGAUAUUCUUUUUGGGGUGAACUGUCACUUUAAUACUGACUUAUUUCUGAAAACAAAAUAUUUUUACGGGUCUAAAAAAUUCUUCUUGAUUUGAGAUAUUUUUAGUUUUAAAACGAGACAAAAGACCUAGAUUUUUGUCAGUGUGAGCAUUUUUUUUUACAUCAGACUAUACCCAUAUUCUGCUAUAUACAAUCUUCCCAUGUCACCAAAAAUCAAGUUUACAGUACAACUGAUUACUGAAGCUGUUGCUCUUUGCACAGCGCUCACUGGAUGAAAGCAUGGGAGUCAAACUCCUACAGAUUGUGCUGAACUCGUAACGAAACUUUGCUGAGCCUAACCCAUUGUUGCCAAAAAAAAACAACAAAUAAAAACAAACAGGUGUUCAGACCUGUUACUAACAGCCUUAACUAAUCAUCUCCCGUCCCCAGCUCUGAUCUGCAGUGUCUGUGCGUGAUGCGCUUCUCAAAAAAAGGAAGAACCGGAGUGUUGGUCAAAAUCCAAACCAAGCAUGAUGGUGCUGGUGGCCUGAUGAGCAUUUGAUUAGUUUCUUUUUUAAAAUUAGUCUUGAUUUUUUUUAAGUUGACAACAUCAGAGCACUUUUCUGUGUGAGCGUGUUUAUUAGCUCUUGAGCAUUAUUGAUAUUGUUGGUGUGAAGAGCAGCACAAAAGAGACGUUUUACUGCUUGACGUGACACAGACUCGAGCGCAGGCUGUUUCUCUGUGACUGCUGCCCUCCUGAUAUAUUGUAUUCCAGUGUACAAUAGUGGUAUAUAUUGUAUUAUACUUUCAUCUGUACAGAUAUCGGAUCUGUUUUGUUUGUUUUGCUUUUUUCCCCUCUUUCUGGAUUGUCUCUCCUGUUUCUUGAAUAAAACAGUUGGACGAUUUUACGCAGCCGAGGAAUCUGCUGUUUGCAUGCUUGAUUACUUUUCAGCCUAACAACAAUAAAGAUAUUCCAUGAAAUGA